AUGGGUUCCAUUGCAAACAUGACAUCAGACCAGAUCGGACUGAUCAAAGCCACGGUGCCGGUUCUCGUGGAACAUGGCAACACCAUCACGACCGUCUUCUACCGCAACCUACUCGCCGCCCACCCGGACCUGAACACCGUUUUCAACACUUCAAACCAGGUCAACGGUCACCAGUCUCGUGCUCUGGCCGGUGCACUCUACGCAUAUGCGUCGCACAUCGACGAUCUCGGCGCCCUGAGCUCCGCGGUUGAAUUGAUCUGCAACAAACAUGCAUCUCUGUAUAUCCAGCCCGACCACUACAAGCUCGUCGGCCAAUUCCUCCUCGAAGCCAUGGGUGAGGUACUGGGCGCGGCAUUGACCCCUGAGAUCCACGACGCAUGGGCCGCAGCCUACUGGCAGCUCGCAGAUAUCAUGAUCGGCCGCGAGAAGCAAAUCUACGACCAGAGCGAGGGCUGGACCCACUGGCGCGACUUCAAAAUCGUCAACAAGGUCAAGGAAUCCGAGGAGAUCACCUCCCUCCAUCUCGCCCCUGUCGACGGAAAGCCACUGCCGGCCUUCCAACCCGGCCAGUACAUCUCCGUCCAGACAUACGUUCCAGCUCUGAAGUACCCGCAGGCGAGACAGUACUCCCUGAGCGACCAGCCCAAGCCAGACUACUACCGCAUCAGUGUGAAGAGAGAACUGGGCCUCAACCCAGCCGAGCCAGGCGCAACCGCCAACCCGGGUUACCUCUCGAAUGUGCUGCAUGAUACUUUCAACGUCGGUGACACUCUCCAAGUAUCCCACCCCUGUGGCGACUUCUUCCUCUCACCGGGUGAUUCUCAAAGCGCCCAUCCGAUCGUGCUGGUCUCCGCCGGCGUCGGUUUGACGCCGCUCACCUCCAUCCUGAACACCUUGACUUCGCAGUCGUCGUCAUCCCGCAAACUGCAUUUCAUUCACGGUGCACGUUCAUCGGGCGCCCGUGCUUUCAAGGACCAUAUUUCCGCGCUUCCAAAGGAUUUCCCCUCUCUCCGCGCGACAUUCUUCACGAGUCACCCCUCAGAGGCUGAUACGGAAGGCGUGGAUUAUGAUCAUGUCGGUCGGGUGGACUUGAGCAAGCUGGCGGACCAGGAUUUGUUCUUGGAUGAUGCUAAGACCGAGUACUAUAUCUGCGGACCGGAUAAGUUCAUGACUGACAUGGAGUCGAGUCUCAAAGCGAAGGGCGUGAGUGCCGACCGCAUUAAGAUGGAACUGUUUGGAACUGGAGGUGUUCCCCACUAG